UUUUUGAUAAUUUAUGAUGCAACGGACGUAGGAUCUGACACUGCCUCUGUUACGUAGAUAUUUUUACGAAUAUGAUUUUCACAAAAUUACAAUUAAAUUUUAAUAAAAUUGACGAAUAAAAUAGGCGAGGCGUCAUGUUAAUUCGUACGAAUUAAAAAUGAGAUAAGCUUUUAUCUCAUUUUUAAUAUAGCGAAAUGUUUUUCUAAUACCUUAACUAUCAAUCAUUUUGCAUGACUAUAAAGAUAAAUGUUAUCGUUUACGUAAUCAACUAUUAACAUAUUUAUUAUAGCAAAGAAAGUGAUAGUGACUCUUCCAAAGCAGAUGCCAUCAAGGAAGUUAUCGGUAAAUACACUUUGAAAAUAGCUACUCUUGAAGAUAUUUGUUUCAAAACCAAAAGUGAAUUAGAUAGUAGCAGGACAGAAAUAAUGACAUAUCAGUGUGAAUUGGAUCGCUGGAAAGAUUUGGCUAUUGAGAGACUAGCUAAAAUGGAACAACUGAGCUCUCAGUUAGAAGAAAGACACUGCCAUGAGGUAGAAUCAUAUAAAGCAGAAAAUCAACACUGGAUGUCACAAUUGAAUGAAACGCAACGUGAACACUUGGAGUUGCGGUCACGCAUAUCCGAGCAAAAAACUAUGUACAUGAAACAACUAGCUGACAAAGAUGCAAUAAUUGAACAAUUAAGAUCUUCCGUUCAUAAUUUAAAAACACAAAUUAUAAGCAUGCAGACAAUGAUUUCAGUAAAUGAUCCAAGCUUCGAUUUAUCCGCUAUAGUUGAGGUCGAUGAAACCAGUGAUGGUCUGUCUCAGCCUGGUUCCGAACGUCUGGAAAUAAAAUUCGAUUCCUCUAUUGAUAUACACGAAAUUCAAGACGAUCUUGUGAGGAUGCCGACUACUUCAACAUCUAUAUGGCAAGAACCAGUGAUUGAACGUUUACGACGUGAAAAGCAAUUAGCAAGUAAACAGAAUGCAGUCUUGCGCCGUCAAAUAAAAGCGCUAGCGGCGCGCGAACGUCGUGCGCGUCUAGAUGCACAGAAUCUCAAGAAUCAAGUAUUCAGAAUGUAAUUACUGUCUAUCAACAUACAUAAAACAAGUUACAACUUAUUAAAACAAAAAACAAUUAAGUAGCCGCUGAGUAAUAGUUUUAUUAAAAUUUUCAAUCGUUCUCACAGCUAAAUUUUUUUUAUUUAUUUAUUUAUGUAUAUAUUGAUUAAAAUUAUUUCAUAAAGCUUUUUCCCUUCCUCAUUAAUAUUACAGAAAGUUAAAAAAACAAUAUUUUAUUCUCUAUGUUACAGAAGUACAUCUGGUGGUAGAGUAGCCACAGCAGAAACUGCAGCGCUCCAAAGUAAGAUCGCGUCUCUUCAAGCACAGCUGUUGAGCGCUCGCCGUGACACACAAUCUUCUAUUGCACUCUGGGACAAAUGGAAAAGGGCACAGCAAUCAUCAGAACGUUGGCAAGCUCGUUACGAAGAUAAGUGUCAGGAAAUUAAGAAAAUGCAAGCUAGUUUGAAUCUCGCUAAGUCAACUGUGUUAAGAUUAGAAAGAGAAAAACGAGUACUUCUCACCAAGCUCACUGAAAUCAAACAAGAAAGACAUCUGACUAUAGAGAAGCAAGAUAUCGAAACUUUAGAGAAAUCCUCUCGUUUGACUGAUACGGAACGAUCUACCUCACCCCCGCCAGUAUCUGCGCGUGCACUGCUUGAUAGAGUACAGGCUCAGCAAAGAAGAAUCGCAGCACUAGAAGUUGCUGAAAAGGGUAAUGAAACGCUAGUUUCUGAAUAUGAGAGGGCACUUGCGGAAAUUACCUCGUUAAAAGGUCAAGUUUUAAAAUUGGAAUCUACUUUAUUAGAGUCGCAAAUAAAAUCGCCGCUGAAGAUCACGCAAGAAACACAGCCAGAGUUGGAAUACUGGAAGAGGUUUGUUUCCAUAUCAUUAAAGAAUUAGACUAGUCAUCUCUAUAUCGUUUGAAUAAUAUUACCAGUAUUUGUUUGAGUUAGUAUAAAAUAUUGAAAACUAUUUCUUUUUUUACAUUACCUAUAGUUACUGCGAGAUGCUUAAAGAAGAAAAUGUGCAGCUGAAUAUAAGAAUUAAUGCUUUGGAAGUAGCGCCCACCACCGCCAAUCAGCAUCGGAUCAACGACCUUGAGCAGACAGUACUUACACUGAGAGGUCUUGUUGCCAAGCUUCAGGCGGAACAGAAAUCUUCAGCGAUACAAAGGCGUAGCGAUUCCCGUCCUGGCAGUGGAAAAAGUGUUACAGACAAGGUUAGUAAGAUUUAAACAACAAUCUUUGAUAAUCUGUACAAUCACGAUGAUGCAACAGUAAGAUGAUGUGACUCAUUGAUCUUCCUGAGCAGAAAGUUAAAUUUCUAAGAGCAGCAAAUAUCGACUUAUCAAAAUAAUGAAAGUAUCACGCCAUGGAGUGAUCCACCAAUAUCCAUGUGUCUCAACACCGCUGAAUAUAAGUGAGACGGUCGCUUAAUGCGUUGUAUUUUACACCUUCAGAUCAUUGAAACAAGACUAACUAUGAAAUUUAAUAACAUGUUCAGUCAUCGUCGGAAUUCGUAGAUCUGUUCUGCGAUUAAGAAGAGAUUCAUCAUAUACCAUAUUCGUUGAACCUUAUUGUGUUAGUACCUAUUGAUAUUAUUGUAUUUACAAUUAUUUUCAGAGUCGUAAUAAGCAAUUAGAUACGCAUCCCAUUGAAGUUGCUAAUCUCAAACGCAGCAUACAAGACAAGGAUUUAUUGCUGGAGAGAUCAAAGGAGAUGUUAAAGAUAGCAGCAGAGAGAGAGGAUGAAUUAUUAAGAGAAAAUGCGUUUUUACGACGUCGUGUAGAAGAACUUACAAAUCCUAAAACAGGAUUUCUCUCCGCUUAGAUAAUUUACUCUUAAUAUAUAAGUUUGUUUUAAGAUAUAAUUAAAAGUAAUAAAACAUAAUAAAAUACUUUUUCAAAAUAAAACACUUAUUAUAAUUUUUAAUUUUUUUUAUUUAAUAAGAUAAUAGAAAACAAAUCCCCAAAGUGAACAAUAAUUUUAACAUAAGUUAUAGUUUUUAUUAGUUAUUAAUUUAGUAAUAUAUUAUAUUUUGUUGCUGCCAUGAUUUUAUUAGAGAAGGUAGAAUAAAAAUAAUAACAAACAAAUCUGCGUUGAACUAAGUCAAAGUCGAAAUACAUAGUGAAAGUAAAUGGAAAUUUUGGAAAACUAAACGGACCCAAUAGGUAAUAGUUCUAUGAUUCGAUAUGAUAUAUAAUAAGUUACGACUUAUAUAACGUUUUUUUCGUUUCCUGACAUAAAAUAUGUAUUGUACUAGCUUUCAGCCAGCAGCUUCGCUCGCGUGGUCCGGAUUAUACACAUUAACCUUCCUUUUGAAUCACUGAUAUGUUUUUAAGAAUAAAACUAAACAUAGAGGAUCAAAAUGCGCUUAGAUUUCUUUGGAGGGAGGGUGGUAGUGAUGUAAUAAAGAAAUAUGCGA